AUGAACUUCACCACACCUGAAAUAUCUACAAACUCCACAACACAAUCCUUUAGGCCACUGCAAAUUUUAGAAAUGUGUCUGCACAGCAUCAGUUUCCUUGUUGGACUUCCUACACACUCCUACGUUAUAUGGCUCAUCAUCACAGGAACAGGAAGUGGAGUUGCAUCAGAAUUCUUCAUCCUCAAUUUCUCUGUUUCUGAGAUUGGCAACUGUCUGAAUGGUUUGAUCAGUCUACUGGCAUUUUGGUAUUCAGACCUUUCAACACUAAAACAGUGUUUAACAGGACUAACUGUCACUGGUCAUCCUCUGUUUCAGUGUCUGAUGUGUGUUGAGCGUUACCUGGCAGUGGUUCAUCCUGUAAUCUUUCUGAAGUACAAACCUCUCAGAUAUAGAGUGAUCUGCUGCACUGCGGCCUGGAUCAUUAUUCUUGGAUCCUGCUUGUGUUGCAUGUUUACUAUAGAUUCACACAACAUUGUAUAUAUGUGGUUCUUCAUGCUGCAGUUUCUACUCUUCCUCUGCAUUCAGUUGUUUUGUCUUGUGGCUGUUCUCAGAGCUCUGAAGCAGUCAGGACCAGGAGAGAGAGGGAGAAAGAGAAAGGAGGAAAACCACAUGAAGAGAAGAAUGAUUUAUCUCAUUUUAAUAACAACUGCGACCAUGGUUAUCACAUAUCUGCCACUUACUCUCACAACUUUGUUUACCAUUCUGACAAAACUGAUUAUUCAGGAAGUUUGGUCUCCGGCUGUGACUUGUUACGUUCUGGCUGGUUUUGUGCAGCCUGUUCUUUAUCAGCACCGGACUGGAAAACUCUCCUGCCUCUUUUCUCCAUAA